AUGUACGGGGAUCCGACGUACACGACGUCGUCCUUCGUCUACUUCCAGCUUUCGAACUUCAUGCUCUGGUUCUCGUACUUCCUUGCGGUGACUGUGCCGGCUGGGUCGCCGCCGGCACACUACAAGCUGCCGCCGGACGAGUUCAAACAGCCGCAGUCGAUGUGGAGAAAGUACUGCAUAAAGUGCAAGAACUACAAGCCCGAGCGUGCCCACCACUGCAGAAAGUGCGGCACGUGCGUGUUGCGGAUGGACCAUCACUGUCCCUGGACAAACAACUGCAUAGGAUACUACAAUCUCUCGUACUUCCUCCGGUUUGUCUUCUGGAUCCUCGUUCCGAUCGCGUUUGGGUUUGUCUACUACACGCAAAAGCUGUGGUGGGUCUUCAGAAUAAGGAAUUUUCCGUCUUACUUCAUUUCGCCCGCUAAACUCUCUCUCUACAUUGUCAACAUGCUUUUGGUUUCGUUUGUGCUCUUGACCAUUUCAAUCCUCUUUAUACGAGCAGUGUCAGCAGCCAUGUACAACCAGACAAUGAUCGAGUCCUGGGAGUGGGACAGAAUCCAGGAUAACUUCUUCACGGAAAACUUUUGGAUCAAGAUACGCAUGAACUACAAGAUGUUUUACCCUGACAUGCCCGACCCAAUCCCAAAUUUGAAGUCGUGGAAGGUCAACUAUCGGAUCUUGAAAAAAGAUACCCAAAUACCUCUCAACUUCACGUUUGAAGACUUGGUCUUCCCUUACGAUCUGGGUUCUGCGUACCAAAACUUAGUAGACUCUCUCGGACCCAUAUAUACUUGGCUUUACCCAUUCGGGGCUCCUUCUGGCGACGGUAUGACCUACAUCAAGGAUAAACUUGAGGAGGACCAGUUGGGUCUACCCUUCCCACCAGAUGGCGUUAAUGUUGAUGAAGAAGGCUCAUCGACAGGUAAUGAUGAUGAUAAUGAAUAUGUGAUGAAAAACUGGUCCAACUAUAUGGGCGAGACUUUAGAUGAUUUUGGUGUUGACAUGGAUACAGAGGAUUAUGAAAUGAACAAGAAAAAACUGUGA